AUGGAGCGGAAAUUGACCGAGGCUGCACAAUCAGGAGACAUAAACAUCUUGUAUGAAUUACUUCGGCUGGAUCCAGCUCUCUUGGAUAAAUUUGAUAAGCCAUCAUUCAUGGAUACACCUUUACACACAGCAGCAGCUGUCGGCUCUACAGCCUCUACCCACUUCGCCCUUGAAGUCCUAAGCUUAAAGCCCUCAUUCGGCGUGAAGCUCAACCCCGAUGGCUAUACUCCACUGGACUUGGCGCUACAGAACCGAAGAUUCCAAACAAUUAAACGGCUCAUACAGCAAGAUCCUGAGCUCAUUCGUGGCAAAGGAAGAGAGAGUGACAUGCCAAAAUCCAUUCAAGAUUUGACAAUUCGAGGAGAAACGGCUGUUCAUAUUGCUGUGAGAAAUAUGAAUGUCAGAGCUUUACAGGUGCUGUUAGGUUGGCUUCAGAGGACAAACAAUGAACAGAUUUUGAACAGGAAAGACGAUAAUGGAGAUACAGUCUUGCAUGUUGCGGCCUCUAAAAACCAACUGGAGAUCAAAACUCCAUCUUUUUUCGGAUGA